AUGUGGCUCUGCUUUAUUGUUCCUGUGUUAUUUUUCUUACAACUCACAUGUGCGUAUGAAUAUGCUCCUGAGUUCUACGGCAAAAAGGACUCCUCCGAAAACGGUUACGCGCAUGGUUGUUCGCCUUCGAUCCGCGCUAAACUCAAGCCAGGCCUGUCAAUGGAGAUAUAUUCCUAUGCCCUCAGACCCACAGAUGAUCACUGUUGGGACAGUGCUUAUUUGGAUCCUAUGUUUCCAAGAACAGGGUACUUAACGCAUAAGCUACUUGGUAAAGCAGAAGGAAUUAUUGGUCCUUUGAAUUUCUUGGCAAAAAACCCUGCAUGUAUACCUGCUGUGUCAACUUUGCCUUUGGCUUUCCACUUUCCAAAACCAUUUACCAUCACAAACUUCACUAUGCUAUUAUAUGGUUACCUUUCACCAAAAAAGACUGGAAAAUACACCUUCAAAUUACUAGCUGAUGACUUAUUGCUAAUGAACUUUGGGGCAGAUAAUGCAUUUGAUUGCUGUAGUCACGACGCAACGAAAGAUAACAUUGGCGAAUACGUUGCGUAUAGUGUAUGGCCAGGCGUGAACAAAAACGUCACUGUCUAUCUUGAAAGCGGCAUUUAUUAUCCAUUGCGGUUGUUUUUCAACAACAGAGAUGCUAUCGCACAGCUUGACUUUGCUUACUAUUUCAAUGACUCGCCUAUUCGGCAAACUGAUUUUUCGGGAAUGUUUUUCUCAAUUCCCGAUAGUGUUAAAUGUCCGGCAAAUAUUGGAUACAAAUUCGAGUGCAGGUCUAUAAAAUCGACCACGACUUAUAGCACUAAGUAUAUAACAACUAAGAGUGCCAAAAAUGAGAUUGCAUUUACUAGCACAAUAUAUUAUGUUGCAACACCAUGCGCAGUUCAACCUAAUCCUCCCUUAUGUGGUAAAGGCUUCUAUGAUCCAAUAAACAACAAAUGCUUUACUCCUGAACCUGAUUACAUUACUACGAUAGAUAAAGGAAAUGGUGAAUUCGAAACGGACUUAAUAUCACACAUUACCCAAAAAGAUUCCAAUGGUACACCAACCAAUACCAUUACGACAACAAUACACUUGACACCAACAUAUGACUACACUAAGACAGUGACGUCUGAUGGGCACACGAUCACCGAGGUUGUGUCGCACAUCACCACGACGGACUCUGAUGGAGAGGGCGUGGUGUAUGCCACUACGCGGAUGUUCUAUGCCGAAGCUGGGGAAGCCGUGCACACGUCUGCCUGGCCGUACUCGCAGCCCUCUGUGGUGACGCGGACGGUGAGCGAGUCUGACGGAGUAGUUGACACUGUUGUGAUCUCGUACUUCCCGUCUGUGGGCGAGGAUGGUGUGACGCGGACAGUGACAUCCACUGUCAGGACCAUCACUGCCGACUACACGACGACAGUGACGUCUGAUGGGCACACGAUCACCGAGGUUGUGUCGCACAUCACCACGACGGACUCUGAUGGAGAGGGCGUGGUGUAUGCCACUACGCGGAUGUUCUAUGCCGAAGCUGGGGAAGCCGUGCACACGUCUGCCUGGCCGUACUCGCAGCCCUCUGUGGUGACGCGGACGGUGAGCGAGUCUGACGGAGUAGUUGACACUGUUGUGAUCUCGUACUUCCCGUCUGUGGGCGAGGAUGGUGUGACGCGGACAGUGACAUCCACUGUCAGGACCAUCACUGCCGACUACACGACGACAGUGACGUCUGAUGGGCACACGAUCACCGAGGUUGUGUCGCACAUCACCACGACGGACUCUGAUGGAGAGGGCGUGGUGUAUGCCACUACGCGGAUGUUCUAUGCCGAAGCUGGGGAAGCCGUGCACACGUCUGCCUGGCCGUACUCGCAGCCCUCUGUGGUGACGCGGACGGUGAGCGAGUCUGACGGAGUAGUUGACACUGUUGUGAUCUCGUACUUCCCGUCUGUGGGCGAGGAUGGUGUGACGCGGACAGUGACAUCCACUGUCAGGACCAUCACUGCCGACUACACGACGACAGUGACGUCUGAUGGGCACACGAUCACCGAGGUUGUGUCGCACAUCACCACGACGGACUCUGAUGGAGAGGGCGUGGUGUAUGCCACUACGCGGAUGUUCUAUGCCGAAGCUGGGGAAGCCGUGCACACGUCUGCCUGGCCGUACUCGCAGCCCUCUGUGGUGACGCGGACGGUGAGCGAGUCUGACGGAGUAGUUGACACUGUUGUGAUCUCGUACUUCCCGUCUGUGGGCGAGGAUGGUGUGACGCGGACAGUGACAUCCACUGUCAGGACCAUCACUGCCGACUACACGACGACAGUGACGUCUGAUGGGCACACGAUCACCGAGGUUGUGUCGCACAUCACCACCACGGACUCUGAUGGUCAAUGUGUUGUAUCACCCAAAACUAUUAUCCUCACUCCCAAAUUGGCACCCAUUGUGAGAACUAGGUAUUUUAAUAGUUCUAUAAGAACGUCAACUAGUUCUACAAGAUAUAGUUCGACGAUGAAUUCUGAUAACAAACCUACGAAGAUCACUACUACGGUUCCGGUUAAAUCAAAUGAUCUUGGCGAGGCGGACUUCACGAAGAUAAUUACUACAGAUGGACACAUUGUCACGGAGGUAAUUUUGCAUAUCACUGCUACGAACUCCCUAGGAAGAGUAGUCACUUAUGUUACUACUGCGGCAUCAUACGAUCAAGUUGAUGAAGGUGUAUUCAGGUCACCUUCACUGUCUUCACAACCACCAGUUUCAAAGAGCACAUUUGCAGAGGAUGAUGGCAGUAGCAAAUCUACUGUUAUCUCUUACUUACCAUCCAACAUAUCUGAAUCGGGAGAAAAUUUAUGUGUCAGUUCUUCCACCAAAUUAUAUGCGAAUAAAUCUUUAUCUGAUUUUUCGGUCUCCGUUUCUCUAAGAGUGAGUAAGACUAUUUCCAGCGGAACGAAAAGUCGGAUACCAUCCAAAGGUACGGGAGAUUCAAUAAGUACAGCAGUAUUGCCAUCAAAUAUUGCAUUAACGCCGUCACUCUCAGUAAACAUAGCUGUAAGUGAUGGUGGGACCACUCAUUUUUCGUUUCAUGUAGGGACAAUGUUAAUUGUUACUUGUAUGCUCCUGGCAAUAGCUGCAGGAUAA